ACACAUGCAUGGGCCCAGGCAGGCGAUGCAUGUGCUCUCCCUGGCUCUCCCCCCCCCCCCUCCUGAGCCUGCACAUUUCGUGCAUUCAACAAAGCCUCUGACCUUAGCACGAGGCGGUGUGGAGAGAGAGCGAGAGCGAGAGUGAGAGCGAGAGCGAGAGAGAGAGAGCAGAGGAGAGGUGACAGCUCUUAGUCAUAGACCAAUGCAAUACUAACUCUCCCCCAGACAGACAGAGGAGCAUUGGGAGGGAUGAUAAGAAGACUCCGUCCUCAUCUGGAGCAGGACGAUUUACCAACCAGAAAGUCUGAGCACUCAUUUAUGCCUAUACAGCAGUUGUUUUUCCCAGAAGGAUGCUUUUGGAAAACUCCAGGAAUGAAGUUCCCUUUGUCUUAUCCAUGGAGGCAAGAAAUCAAGGGCUCUGCUUGGUUGAGAGAUUUUGUUUGCACAUUUUAAUGCUACAGGAUCUGCAUUGAAGUGCCCAAUUCUCCCUCCUGUUUCUCUCCCUAGGAUCACUCCCCGCCAUGCCUCUGUUCAGCUGGAUGAAAUGGUCCCGUGAAGCAGAAGAGCCAGUGAAGGAUGAGGGGCCGUGCCUGCGGAGCCCGGGGGCAGCGGCCGGCCACAUGUUGCUCAGAGAGCUGCUGUGGCAUGUGGAGGAGCGAGAGCGCCUCGCUCGGCGGUUGGAGCGCGAGCAUCGCCUGGCCCUGGGCCUCCGGUGGUUCCAGAAGUACCCCAGGCUGCGGACGCUGAUCCCCGCGGCCGAACUCCUGCACCUCGAGGGCCUGUGCUCUCGGGUCCCCCCAACCCACGCCGCCGCCGUUCUCUCCAGGUUCCGCGAGGCGCUGGCCACCGACCGCGUUCUGCCCUGGGAGCCAGUGUUGGUCUUCAAGCAGGUGUUGGGAGACUUCCUCAGCAGAGAAGAAUUGGAGGAAGUGGAGCAUUCGGGGCCCCAAGCCGAGCUCCGACCCACGGAGGCAUGGACCGACCGCUACCAAGUGAAGCGUGGCCUCAUCACUCCUACCGCGCUGACAUGCACCGAGCCGGCGAGGGAGGAGAUCCCCACCGUCUCUGGAUAUGUGGACCGGGCCAUGCAGCGCUCUGACUCUUUAGCUGGCUACAGGGACUGGGGUGUUCCUCUACACUUCCCAGUUCCUGUGAGGGCCACAGUAGGAUAUAGCACUACGAUUUGAAAGGGGAAACGAUUCCCACAAAGAAACUCUGGGACAUGAAGUCCAAUCCCGGGGUGUCCUGAAACCAUGCAUGUUCCUUUUUAGAUUGUGUACGUCUUCCCCUUCAGCUUUAAACAGAGAUGCAUGAGAUGGAGCCUUGUAUGAACAUUGACCCCAUGCCAUGGUCAAAAACGUUAUUUUUCACUUAAAAGUGCAACAAAUGAACGUCCAAUUAAAGUUACAUUAUAGGGAAUGUGAAGUCACGUUUACCCGGCUACAUUCUCGUGAGACAGAACCAACAGGAGUAGUAUGUGAUUUGGUUAUAGGCUGAACUUUCAGUAGUAUUUGGGUGGAAUAAACCUGAACUCAAACUACGUUAACCAAGAAAUUAAUAUUUUUUAUCUUUCAAAAACACUCAGGUCCUAGAACUGAAGACGAAUCGAACAACUUAGGCAGCAACCUAUCAACCGUUCACCACCAAUUUAUCUCCAUAAUGAUAAUUUCACAAUAACUAAACAAUUAACCAAAAAACAUGACCAGGCACGCCGCAACGGUCCAUGCUCACUGCUUCCAAAAAUGGAGGCCGUCGGGCUGUACAAGCCCAUUAAUCGUGACUAAUCAAGUCCAAGAACUGGACCGUCAUUAUGAAAUAAAAUGUUGCUUUGGCUUGUGUCGUCGUUUUUUUACAUAACGGAUUUCAUAAUACAUUAGGGAACUUUUGUUGAAGAAAAAUUAGUGGUUCAAAUUUUUGAUAGGCCUAGUCGGGCAACACGUGCUACGUGGUCACAUUUUUCGUUAGAAAGUACAAUUUGAGCAAUGAAUUUCAGCCUACAAUAACAAGCAAGAUAUCCCUGUAACUAAAUUACAGUUAAACCCGAGCUGGGUGUAGCUCAUGGUAUAACUAGGCCUACAACUAAACUUAACUCACCAAUUCUGUACUGGUGAUGUCGUCUCCGGCUUUUCUGUGACUUCAUCUGUAAUUCUGAUAUUGGUGAACUGGGACCCAAAUAUAAACCACUCUGUAAUCUGCUCUGGUGUAAUAGAACUCUUCAUAUUUAACUUGAUGAAACAAAUUGAAUGAAACACUUGUUACAGCACGGGGGACUUCUCGAAUGACCUUCGAUGUCGAAUUUCCAAUGCAGCUCACUUCGCCACGUCGUGGUUGGAUGAUGUCAUGGAAAGUUUAACCGCGACUUCUAUCUAUUUCAUGUCGAUUGGGUUUUCAAUUAAAAUAGUCAAUAAUUCAUUAAGGAAUUUAUUUAAAACGGCAUUGUUUAAAGAAAUAAAAAAUAUAACAAACUUGAAAUUCAUGGCCUCCUGUCCAGGCACUAUCAGUUACAAUAAAACGCUGUACAGUUAAUUAGUUCCAGAAAUAAAAAAAGGCACCAACAAAAGUACUACUACAGUUUAGGCUAUUGAGAGAGUACUAGAGCCAUGAAAACACCAUUUGAAU